AUGAGCAGCACUAUCCCCGAGGCCGAUCCCGAUGAGCCCGUCGAGACCAAGCCCUUCAAGUUCGUGACUGGCUAUGACGCCCGCUUUCCUUACCAGAACCAGACAAAGCACUGCUGGCAGAACUAUGUCGACUACCACAAGUGCAUUCUCGCCAAGGGCGAGGACUUCCGCCCGUGCAAACAGUUCUUCCUCGCUUACCGAUCUCUCUGCCCCAAGGCCUGGACUGACCGAUGGGACGACCAGCGUGAGGCCGGCAACUUCCCUGCUCGUCUUGAGUAA